AUGGGAUCUGCAUUAUCUAAACUUCUUGCUGUAUCUGAGCGUUAUCCAGAGUUAAAGGCAACUCAAAAUUUUUUAACACUGCAAUCUCAAAUAGAAGUUGAUCAAGCAAAUGUUAUAUCUCCAGCUAUAAAAGAUCAGAUAACAGAAAUUCUUACAAAUAUAGAGAAUACUACUACAGAUCAAAUAGUAAUAUUAAUGUUACCAACUCUUGAUGGUCAUUCUAUAGAAGAUUACGGUUAUAAAUUAGCUAGGCACUGGGGUAUUGGUCAAAAAGAUAAAGAUAAUGGAGCUAUAAUUAUUGUAGAUGUGAAUGAAAGAUCUAUACGAAUAGAAGUUGGUUAUGGCCUUGAAGAUUCUUGCUGUGUAUUUAUUGAGGUUUUUGAAAUAAUAGGCAUCUUUCCAAAACUCGACUUUAUUUCUACUUGCACUUUUGUGGGGUCUCUAGACUUGCGCAUGAUAGGUUGA